UGGGACUGUUAGUCCUUUGCUUCCUCGAUCGCUGUGUGCUCUAUGAGAGUAGAACUACAAUCCCCAGACGCGGCCCGCCGUCUCCUCCAUGUCCUGACUCGGGGCUCAGGCAGUCGCGGUGGCGGAGGGUCGGUGGCCUCCGCAGACUUCCGGGCGUCCUGCUCCCGGCUGCAGACAUCUGAGGGGCUGCACACGGUGGUCGCACAGGGAGUGGACGUGUGGGCAGUGCUGCUGGAGGGGGUCAGGGGACCUGGCGUUCUAAUGGAGAAAUGUACUAAGAGUGCUGCCUCUGACGUCAAGCGGACGCCCCCUGCUGCCAUGGAGGAAACCAUGAAACCGGAGGAGGCCACAGUCUGCUUCUCGGUAGAAGAGCUAGACUCCUUGGAAGAUCGUGAAAAGGAGCGUUACAAAAGUGCAGAGACGAAGAUUCAUCAGCGUCCAAACUUAGUGGGUUACCUGUAUGUGAAGCCAGAGACGGUUCCCAAAAUCCACCGCGGAGAAGAGCUGUGUGUGAGCAGUGACUUGUACACACAUAGGAGAAAAAGGAGCGUCCUGCCCUCCUCAGGGGAACCCUUAGGUAAAGACGAUGGGUGCCACUCUCCGAGCCAGUCCACUGCAGAUACUCGGAGAGCUUUAUCAAGAGUCCGGAGAAAACAGGGCAGAUAUACAGCCGGUUUAGCUGAGGGGUCAAGGCCUAGUAAAACCGAGAGCAAAGCAGAUACAGAAGGCCUACCAUCCAAUAAUGAUGAUAACACAGACACUGUGGAAACCAAGAGUGACCCAGCACCCAAAGAAUACACAUGUAGUGAGUGUGGGGACUGCUUUGAGGAGCAGGCAGCUUUACUUGUGCACAAAGCAGCCCACACUGAGGAAAAUAACUCAACCAAACACGAUAGGAGCCUGACUCCUACUAGACAUCAUGGAGUCCAGACAGGUGAACAUACUGGCAGCCGUCUACGGCAUAGAAAGCAUGUCUCAUACACUCCAGACAAAAUGGUGUCAAAAAGGACUCGGGCAGAACCAAAAACUUACACAUGCAAAGAGUGUGGCAAGAGCUUUACCCAAAAUGCCAGCCUCAUUGUCCACAGACGGACCCAUACAGGAGAAAAACCUCAUACCUGCAAAAUUUGCCUAAAAAGCUUCAUCAGUGGGUCAUACUUGGUCAUGCACCAAAGAGUCCACACGGGGGAGAAGCCGUAUGUCUGUAGCGACUGUGGUAAACGGUUUAUCAGCAGCUCAAAUCUCAUCAUCCACCAGAGGGUCCACACUGGGGAGAAGCCAUAUCUCUGCACUGAAUGUGGCAAAUGCUUUGGCCACAGUUCACAUUUGGUGAGACACCAGAAGGUCCACACAGGAGAGCGGCCUUUCACUUGCGCCGAAUGUGGAAAGUCCUUCUCUCGAAGUUCACAUUUGGUCAGACAUCAGACCAUUCACAUGAGAGGUCCUGCAAACCCAGCUGUGUGACCUCCUUCCAACACAGGUUUCUUGAGAAACUGUUGUAGACUGUAUUAUGGAUGUACUUUUCAGUUGUAUAUUUGUCAUUGUCUUGCAGUAUCUAAAGACGUUUAUGUGCGUGAUCCACAUAAACCGAACAUUUUGACCUUGAGAUACCAUCUAUAACCCUUGACAAGCUGACUGAGAUGAAAUACAUGUUGGCGCCAACUAUUUGUUUAGGAUGUCUCAUGUCCAUGUACCCUCUUAUAAGGAGGUCCCCUGCCCAGGGCUAAAAAGAAAAGCACUUGUUCUGAAUAACUUGGCAUACCCAUGUUAUUACAGGGGGAACAUGCAUGUGCUGGCAUCUCCUUGUGGAGAGCCUGCUUCAAGAAAGGGGAUCUUGUCUUGGUGGACAACCACUUUCAUGACACCGAUGCUCAACCAAAUUCCCUCUUGCCCAUAAUUAUUAAAUAGGUUUUCCAGUAAGUCAAAAUGGAUGAGCCACCCUUAGGAUCAAUCAUCAAUAUUAGGUCUGUGGGGGUCCAGCUUUCAACAACCCCAUGAUCAGCUGUUUGAUAGACCUGUAAUUCUCACUGGAGAGCCCAGGCCCUUUCAAACAGCUGAUUGGCGGAAGUUGGACCCCAACUGAUCUAAUUUGGACAUCCUAGCAUAGGCCAUCUGUUUGGUAGUCCUGGCUAACUUCCUUAUCUAUAUAUGUUAUAUGGCUGUUUUUUUGCCAGGAGGGUAGACUUUUCAAGCUUCUGCUGCAUUCAUAGUAUUUGUUUAAUCUCGUGAGGUUUACCAUUUUGUAGCCAUGGCCUUAACAGGGUUAUGCCAUGAAUUAAAACCUCUCUGCUGCUCUGAUCUCUUCACUUUCUGUGGGUGGGCAUCAGCUUGUCCCAUGUGACCAUCGAGCACCUGCAUCUUCCAGGAGUGCAAUGUGGUGAGCUCUUGUUAACCUCUCACUUUCCUACAUUGAAAGUAGUCCCUCACUCACGGUCCUUGUGAUUUCACUAAUAAAUGGCAUGUAAUGCAAUUCCUCUAUCUACUGUCUAGUGAGAGAUACAGUUAUAUAGAAUUUCGAAGGGAUGAAUGAAAGGUGUCCAGGAUGCCGGCACUGAGAAGCGGGAAGCUACAGAACAUGUCAGUCCACCACUGAGUGCAGGAGAAGGUGGAC